CAGCGGUCACACUGCCUAUAUAUGUAUAGUUUUCUUUUCUGACUUUUAAAAACAAAUAAAAGGCAGGCAAAAAGUGUAUUUAGAAUAUUUUAGUUUUUGGACAAACGCCUGUUAGCCUGCAAUCAUUGUAAGUAACAUUAUUUAAACGGGCAAGCUACAUAUUUGGGCGCUAGACGCUCCAAAGAAGCGCGCGUGUGUGUGUGUGUGCGGCGGCAUUUAAUUUGAGUGAACCAAAAACAGUGCUGUGUUGCACAAAAACAAGAAAAGAAGACAAAGCCGAGGAAGGCGUAGCAUGAAGGACCCGAAAUUAAAUUGAUUUUGAUUUUGGAAAAACCCCGAAUAAACGGUUUUUUCGGUGUUUAAAGAUUGAUUCCGAUUCCGAGAUUGUGUGCGACAGUUUUCCCUCCAACUCAUAUAGGCGGAAACGAUGAGCUUUUUGCCGGGCGAACCAGUGCCACCCGGUUUCGAGGAAGAUGACUCCUCUGCCCGACCGGCCGUCAUACAAAAACAAGUUGACGAUUUCACACGCGGGCCAUUGAUUGGCACCGAGUAUUGCGUCGAGAUAAUCGAAAAAAUCAUCACCAAAUACUAUUGUGUCCUGUGCGGCAACCUCAGCGAUAUUCGGACGGUGUUUGUACAUUGGACAUCGGUGUCGCAUCGCAGCAAAUACUUGCAGGUACAUUACCAAAAAGCCUACGAGAUACUGCAGAAGAUACAGAAGCGCGCAACAAAUGCUGAACUGGUGAUUGCCACUGGGACUAUUUGCUCAUAUAUUGAAAAACAUUGCGGCCGUCCGCGUCGCAUGGUGUCGGUGCUUGGCGCACAAUUCAGCCAAUAUCGUUCGAAAUUCUGCAGUCAGGCGCGUGACAUGUUCCAUUUUGAUGAGUGCUCUGGACCCGACUUUGUCCAGGAGGCACAACAAUUGGUGCAGGAAAUAAUGAAGAAGAAAGAGGAGAAAGGAGCGCCAAAAAAGAAUGAACGCGAUGAGAACAAGAACAACAGCAACAGCAACGACUUCAUUGCCCUCGAUGCCAUAUCCAGUGAUGAUGAAAGCUUUGGCCCCAGCACUAGCACUGGCCAAAAUUAUAAGAAGAGCAACCCCUUCGACGACCAAUCGGCCAGUGGCCGUGGGGCCAAUCGUUCUCCACCGGCGCCUGGUGAACUGCCCAAGCAACAGCUACCCACGCCCAAAGAGCUCUCCAUACAGGCAUCGAUAAUUGCCCAUGAGCGCUACAAGUGGGAGAAAUUUCGAUGCAUGCUCGAGCUGCAGUUGAAGCAGCUGCGCGACGAGACGGAGACAUACGAAUCGUUUCCGGAGAAGCAUCCGGACUAUCCAGACGAGUGGAAGCAGUUCUGGAAUCGCCGCUACAAGCAGCUGCAGGAGGAGAAGACCGAUCCGAAUAGCUACGAUUACAAGCCCGAAUGGAUUAGCUACUGGAAGGACAGACGCGUUGAGCUCUUCAACAUUGCCGUCGCAAAAAUCAAAAAAGAUCUGAAGGACAAAUUCAAGUUGACCGACGAGGAUGAGGAGAAGACGAAGGAUCUCAUGGAGCGCUACAAGAUACGUGUCUCCAGUCCACGAGAGGUAUCAGCCGGCCCCGCAUCCAGCGGCUCCCAUGUCCGCCGUAAGCCGAAUUUUCGCAACAAUCGAGGUGGCGCCGACGAUGCUGCUGAAACUGUCAUUGACAUCAGCGACGACGAAGCGCCCAAUCCAUCAAUGCGCAAUCGAGCGCAGUAUAGACGCUCUCGCUCGCUUUCAAAGUCGCCCAAGCGUGGUUUCGGCGGCAGCGGUGGCGUCGGAGGUGGCCGUCAUCCAGGAUCACGCAGAUCACGCAGCCGCUCGUCGCGGCGACAGUACAGCAAACACAACGAGUCGCGUAGCACUUAUUCGCGCAGCCCACAGCGUGGUCAUCGCUCCAGAUCGCCUGUCUACUAUCAUCGCCGUAACAUGAAUCAUCAGGUUUUGUCAUCGAGUCAUGGACGAUCGCGUGAUGGCUACUCGGAUCGUCGCAGCGGUGAUCCAGAGCGACGAUCCAGGGACAGGGAGCGCACCAAUGAUCCUGAUUUCUAUCGCAGCGGUAGCUAUAGCCGUGCGAGUCAUGGGCCAUACGAGCGCAUGGAGACAUUCCGUGUGAUGGACCCGCGUGUCUAUCCCGAAUAUAGUUUGCCCAACAAGACACGCUCCAAAUCGCCGCCAAGCUCGAAGGACAAGGAUAAGGAUAAAGAUGCAGAGCUGCUGGCCGACGAUGGACCUCUCACUGUGGUGAGUGUUCUGCGCAUGCUAUCCGCCGUUGAGGAUCAUUUGGGUAGUCUCGGUCCUAAGGCAUUGAGUCUGCUCAGCAAGGCACUGGCCAUGGAGAUGGUGCGGGCGAACGCGGCCGAUGAUCUCCUACUGAACGAUGAUAAUUGUGUGCUCUUGGAGACAAUCAAAGAAAAACUGAAGGGCAUCCUCAUAGCCGAAGUGCUGGAUGAUCCGCAAAAAGUGCGCGUUGUGAAAAAGUUGAUCACGAAUAUAGCGGCCAUCAUCUUUCAAGUGAAAGCCAAAGCCAAGAAUGACGGCGGAAGCAGCAACAGUAAGGCGGCGGCGAAUCCCAUACCGGCAUCGCCCAUACGAUUGCCAUACGAUCGGAGUAGUGUCAGCUCGAAGCUGGCCAGUGCGUUGGUUGUCAAUGGCUACUAUGAUGUGAGCAGCGAGGACAUGGACAAGCUGUUGCAUUUCUAUGCCACACUGGCAAAGAUCGAGAAGAGUCGUCGAGUGGCGGGCAAGAAAUUUCAUUUCCACGAAGUAAUCAAUCUGCUGGGACUGAAGCAUAGAAAGGGGAAGGUGGUCAACGAUGCCCUUGACAUUGACAUCGAUGAGCUGAUGAAGGAGGUGGAGAGUCAGCUGCAUAAGAAGGAGAAGAUCGAAACGAUUGUGGGGCCCAAGUCGGAUAGCAUUGGCAUGGAGUCCCUCACCGAUUCCGAUCUGCAGACAUUGCUGCAAAAUUUCAAGUUCCUUUCCAGCGAAGAGCAGGUCCAUCUGAUCGGUCAUCUGCGCAAGCUUGAAGUCCAGGAGCCGCUGCGCGUCGAAUGUCUACGCAAAUAUGUGAAUCUGGCUGAGCUAAGCGGCGAUGGUGAGUCCUGCAGUGAUUUUCUUUCACGCGUCGCUGGUACCAUCAAUCCGGAAAAUACAUCUGCCGUUUCGGCUGCCGUUGCCACCGUGACGUCGUCCAAUAAAUCUUCAUCUGCGACUGCCACUGCCUCGGCGGCGGCUGCUGCUGCUGCUCUGUCCUCGCUGAGUGUCCGUCGUCGUAGCUUUGAGCGGGAAUUGAACGUGCCGCAAGGCAGCAAGCAGCGUCGCAUCGGCCGCCCUUCACCCGGAUUCAUCAUUGACGAUGAUGACGACGACGAUUAUAAUUUUGAUGAUUUGGUGAUGAAGGCCUGCGACUCGAAUGGUGGCAGCGGCGGCAGCGGAACUGGUGCUGGUAGUAGCAGGGGCGGCGGCGGCCUACCUUCAGUUUUACCGGCCUCAUCUUCGCCGAAUGCUUUGACUUUCAAGCCGGCCGCUUCUUCCAAGUUUUCGCUCGACACUGAAUCGAUUAUAGCCAAUCUAAUGGACACGCUCAGCAACUGCCAGAAGCAGGGAGGCGGCAACGGUGGUGCCUCGCAGCAGGGGAAUCGUGAACGCCCCUCUGGUGCUGGUGCUGGUACUACGGGUCCAAGCAAGUCUUCACGUUCCGCCGCAAAGAAACUGCAGCAGCAGCUGCAAAAACAAGGAUUCACCAAAAUGGGAGGGCCCAAUGCCGAUCCCGCAAUGCAGCAGCCUCAGAAGCAGCAUCCCGGUUACAAUCAGCUGGAUGGAAAUUCGGCAUUUCAAAUGCCGUCGCAGCAGCAUCACUUUGGCCAAGAUCCCAGCGCGACUUAUAAUGGCGGAUACUCCUUUUCUGGCUACUCGAACUACCAGGGACCUGGGCAGGAUAUGCCCAGCGGCUAUGGCGGAGUACCAAUCAAUCCCUGGGCCAACAAUGGUGCUGCCCCCCAGCCGCCGCCGUUCAUUCAGCAGCAAAACUACAUGGCUGCCCAACAGCAACAGCAACAGCCCCACCCAUCACAGCAGUACAACAAUAUGUUUGGGCCUCGUCAUUAGUUUUAGGUUACAAACUUCAUAUUAGAUAUUCAUAUUCUUUUCUAUACAUAUUCAUUUCAUUUGGCACGCAAAAAAAUCAAAACCCCGAAAGGAAAAUCAGGCAAAUGUACGUCUGUCUCAUUCUAUUUCGUGCCCGGGCGCGUGUGCUGUGUUUAGUCCGUUAUAAGUACAGCAGUCAACUGUCUCGAUACCGAGUUUACAGUUGUUUUGAUGGCCACAAGAUGUAUAUUUUUAUUUUCAUUUGAGUUUGAGUAUGCGUCAGCAGUUGAAAUAAAGAGCGAAACAUUUUCAGAGCAACGGAAUAAAAGCUUCUAUCAUAACGGUAGGAAAUUCUUGCAGCACCACAAAA